AUGAACCCCUCGGCGACCUUCUUCGCCGUGCGACAGAACAUCGGGUCAGAAGUUGAGGUUUCCACGAUCGAGAAACAACGUAAAGAGCUGCAGCUGCUCAUUGGAGAACUGAAGGAUCGCGACAAAGAGCUCAACGAAAUGGUGGCAGUCCAUCAGAGGCAACUUCUUUCAUGGGAAGAGGAUCGGCAGAAAGUGUUGACUUUGGAAGAGCGUUGCAGUAAACUAGAAGGUGAGCUGCAUAAGAGAACAGAAAUAAUCAGGUCGCUGACAAAGAAGGUGAAGGCCCUGGAAGCCAGUCAGCUGGAGCGCCAGAGCGCUCUUCAGAAGACUCAGCUGCAACUGCAGGAAACGGCGCAGAAGGCCGCCCAUUCCUCUCUCCUCUCUGAAGACCUCGAGGUGAGAAACGAAAACCUGAGCAACACGCUUGUGGAGCUCUCUGCGCAGGUGGGGCAGCUGCAGGCUCGGGAGCAGGCCCUCACCACGAUGAUAAAGCUGAAGGACAAAGACAUCAUCGAGGCAGCCAACCACAUCGCGGACUGCUCGGGCAAAUUCAAGCUGCUGGAGCACGCCUUGCGUGACGCAAAGACGCUGGAGGCCUGUAUCAUGAAAGAAAAGCAAGACUACAAGCAGAAAUUGAAGGCCCUGAAGGUUGAAAUCAACAAACUAAAAGAGGAUCUAAAUGAAAAGACAACAGAAAAUAAUGAACAACGGGAAGAGAUCAUUCGCCUCAAGCAAGAGAAUAGUUGCCUGCAGGAUGAAUUGGUUUUUACAGCAGAGAGAGAGAAAAGGAAAGAUGAGCUACUCGAUAUCGCAAAGUCAAAGCAAGACCGGACGAGCACAGAGCUGCACAGCCUGAGACAGAUUUAUGUAAAACAACAGAGCGAUCUCCAGUUUCUUAACUUCAACAUGGAAAAUUCUCAGGAAUUAAUACAGAUCUGUAACUCAAAGAUGGAGGAGCCAAAGGCGCUGGAGUCCAGCAGAGAGAUGUAUUUAACUGACCUUGAAAAUAACCACCCAAAAGUCAACAUGAAGAGGGAGAAAAAUCAGAAGUUGCUGGCUAAGGACCAAAAAUUUGAGACCACGUUGAUUCAGCAAAACAGGUCAGACAAGAUCUCUUGUGACAGGUGCAGAGAGAGGAAGCUGCAGGUUAACACUUCAUUUGCGGAGAAAAGUGUCCUUGCUGUCUCAUCCCUAUUUACAACAGACUUAAUGGAGAAACAAAGGCCUUGGCCUCUGGGUGGAAAACUCCAGACCGAAGCUGAAAACAAAAGUACGUUGUGCAAGAUUCAUGCCAGAUCCCCCAAAGGCAAUGGAAUUGGGAUUCCGGCCGCGGAGGAGAAGCAGCGCUCAGAAGCCUCGGCUUCGCCGGAGGAGAAGCCAUGGCAGGAGGUCAGUGUUUACCUGGGCCUGGCCGACUGCCCUGGUCCGAGGCGGCCGGAGAAGCUGGAUGCAGAGUGCCAGGCGCACGCGGAGCUCUCCUGCUGCCACAGACGCGAAGCCUGUCUGGGCGAAAGCGACGCGUGUGAGGUCAGGUGCUGCCGCCCAGGCAGUCUCGUCAUCGAGGCCCCCGGCCCGAUGUCUGACACCGAGUGGAUGAGCAUCUUCAAGCCUUCCAAGCUGCAGCGGGGUGUCUGCCACAAGUCGGUGUGCACGUGUCCGGAGAGCGCCGGGGGGCCACCGCUCGGCUCCCCUGCCAGCGAGCUCGCCGCUCAGCAUGCCCAAAGCUGGGGUCCUGCCUUAAGAGAAGACGAGAAGGGGGUGGAGGCAGAGUCCUCUUCUGAUAAGAAGAGCUCACCUGAGAUUUUGUUAGUGAACAAAGAUGCAGCAUCGCCCAGUGAAAAGACGCCUCUCGAUCUCACGGCCGCUUCCCUUGCGCUGUCUUCCCAGGACGACUUUUCCCCCACAAGCAAGCUCCAGCGCCUGCUGGCGGAGUCCCGGCAGAUGGUCACAGACCUGGAGCUGAGCACUCUGCUCCCCAUCAGCUGCGAGAGUCUCGGCAGCGCGGCCCGAAAGAACCUCGAAGUCUCAGGAGAGUCAGCUCAAAAAACCCCCUCUCAGUAAUAGAAGAAAACAAGUCGGCCU